AUGGGUGGUGUUACUAUGGAAUUCGAUCUGCGUGAAGGCAUUGACUUUGCAGAUGCAGUUAGAAACAAAACGAAUGAAUUAGCUAGUGGCUGUAUAUGUUCAUCUGACAUAAUCGACCGGGAAGAAUACUUGGCGAAUCUCUUAAACCAUUUCGAAGCAGCCUUCCCAUUAUGUAGCGUUCUUGUUACAAACAAAAAUCAUACAAUUAAUGGUCAGCACAAACACUUCCGCUAUGAACAACCAGUGAGUAUAUUUGGACAUACACGCAGAACAGACGUAUAUGUUAUAGGAAGAGGUUACAACACUGUGUUUACUUUGCUAGGUGAUGGUGGCUUCCGCCAUUGGAUAUUUCGAGGUUGGUUUGAGAGAAGAGGCAAGACGGUUAUUUUCAAAUAG